UUUAUAUCAUAGCUUGAUUAACAACUCUUCUGUUGUUAUGGGGCCUCCACCCUGUUUCUCUGAUCCCAUAAAUACAGAAAUCACAGCGGUGACAGGAAACUUCACUGGCGGGCCAUCUGUUUGUCCAAAAAGAGAGAAGUUCACAGAAUGGCAAAAUCUUGGACAGUACUUGCCCUGCUCUUCAUAACAGCUUUUCCAUCUUACGGCUCAGGUUUGGUGGUAGUCACUUCCUGCAAUGCGUGCCAUAAGCAUGCCUCCUGUGCACCCGUGCUGAAAGAAACUCCCCCUCAGGCUGAGUCCUUCCCUCCCACAUUCACCUGUUCCUGCACUGAUGGGUUCUCCGGUAAUGGCAUCACAUGCUAUAACAUCUCGGCAUGUAAUACGCCUGGGGCCUCCUGCUGCACUGAUGGGUACCGCUGGUCUAAACAUGGCUGCGUUGACAUUGAUGAGUGUUCUGCUGAGAAGAGUCCCUGCACUGCUCCACUACAGUGUAAAAAUAGACCCGGGUCUUUUGCCUGUCUGCCUCCGGUUGAUACCAUACUAAAUGUUGAGCUAGCCUCUAACCAGCUGAGCUGUGGGGGUGAGGUGUGCAGCUCAGGCCAGGACUGCAUCAGUUUAAAUGGAGCUGAACGCUGUGCCGACCCCUGCCAGCACUACACCAUUCUGGACGACCCAUGGCGUUCCACUGCCUUGAAGACAAGUGGUACAGUGCACUGCGAUGUGGGUAUCAACUGGUAUGGCUGGUACAGGAUGUACCUGGGCAAUGCCAGUGUCCAGAUGCCUGAGAGAUGCAUCCCACCCAACACAUGUGGCACAAAUUCCCCUAUUUGGCUCAAGACACCCCCUCCGUCACAGUCAGAAGGCGUGGUGCAGGCCACUGUGUGUGGGAGCUGGACAGAAGGCUGCUGUAACUUUGAGUUCUCCAUCGGUGUCAAAGCCUGCCCCGGAAACUACUAUGUCUACAAAUUUGUCUCACCACCUCUGUGCUUCAUGGCAUAUGCAGCAGAUGCCAACUCAGCAGUGUGUGACACCUGCAGCAUGGGAGAGUCCUGUGUCAGUGCAGACAAGAUCACCUGGACGUGCAAGACUCAAGCUCCAGACCCAGUGCGUCUUGCUGGCGGCAGUAACAGAUGUGAGGGCAGAGUGGAGCUGUACCAUGACGGACAGUGGGGCACAGUGUGUGACGACGGCUGGAACAUGAACAAUGCUGAGGUGGUGUGUAGGCAGAUAGGUUGUGGCAGGGCCAUUUCCGCACCCAUGAAUGCAUUCUUCGGCCCUGGGUCUGGUCCCAUCUGGCUGGAUAACACAGACUGCACAGGCACUGAGUCCUUCCUGGUAGACUGCAGACACAAUGGCUUUGGGAGUCACAACUGUGUCCACAGCGAGGAUGCUGGAGUGAUCUGUGAAGGUGUAUCCCCUGAGCUGGUGUGUAACAGGACAGUGAUGUUGCUGGGGAUUCCAGACAACUUCAGAGUUUCCAGAUCCCUCGACCCUUCAUCAGGUCAUCUGGCAGACCCAAGCUGCACGGCUAGGCAUGAGAUCAACGGCACUGUGUGGUACGAGGUGCAAAGCCAAGCGGGUUUGUGUGGAAACGUGCUGAGGACAAACAGUACCGAGGCAAUCUACUCCAACAUUCUAUACCUCUACCCUGUAAAUAUCUCUACAUUUGCACUGCCCACGGCAUUCCCCUUCUCCUGCAUUUACCCCCUGGACUCUCUCGCAAACUUGGAUGUGGCACUAAACCCCUUUCUGCCGAUGCAGGAGUCAGGUCUGGUUGGUUUCGGCCCCAGUGCCCAUGCUUCCAUGUUCCUGUUCCAUGAUGACAACUUCACAUCGCCAUACCCACCUGGGCCUGUAACACUACCCGUUGGCACUCCACUCUAUGUGGGUUUGAAUGUGCAGGAGGUGGAGUCUGCUCGGUUCAAUGUAGUUAUUGAGGAGUGCUAUAUUACAGACACACCAGAUGCUAAUAGCACUGAAAGAUAUUACCUUAUUCAAAACCGUUGUUCCAGUAACCUGCGUGAUGUGGCAGUGAAUGAGAAUGGCAUGUCUGAGAGGGCACGCUUCACUGCUCUGCUUUUCCUGUAUCUGGGCAACUAUAACGAAAUGUUCCUGCAGUGCCACUUCUCCCUGUGUGAUAGAACGACAGACUCUUGCUCUGCGAGGUGUCAGACCAGAUCCACUCGCUCCAUCUCCAACCACAAGUCUCUCACCAUCGGCCCAAUUACCUGGACCAAAGAAGGACAGUAACCUGAUCUACACUGGACCAACCUAAAUGCAAAUGUUCAUGUUUCUAAGGACCAAAUCAUGCUGAAAUUAUCAGGGACAUGUGUAACUGCAUGAUUAAGUAGCUCGGGACAUAGGGCGUAGUCUGCAGUGGCACUGUUGGGCCCUUGAACAAGGCUCUUAAACCUCAACUGCUCAACUGUAUAAAACGAGAUAUUAACCUCACAGUUUAAGAUAUUAUAACAAUAAUGUGUUUAACACAUGACCACGCUGGUAAAACAUUAUUCCUCACUUUUGUAGACUUACUUUUCUAAAGUUUCAUGUAAAUCCUGUCCAAAUAAUGAACAGAAUAAUGUGAUUCCCUUCACGGAGAAGAAUGGAAAAAGGAAUAAUUCUGGGUUAAAUCUAGUGGGAAUUGAUUAGCAUUCUUUUAAUGUCAACCUUCAUUUUAUGUUUGAUUUAAUAUUUUCUAAUAUAAUAAAUUAAUACAUUAA